AACUGUCCGCACAUCGUCUUCUGCUGGGUUGUUUUGUUUCGCUGUGGUUGUGUGUGUCCAUCAUUUGGGUUUUGGAUUGACUCAGCCACAGAGCCAUAGCUGAUAACAACAAGACAGGCAGACAGCCAGCCAGCCAGCCAGACAGCCACGAGAAUCACAGACCAUGGGCGAUCGUGAGGGACGUUGGCAGCAUCCAGCCUUCGGCGGCCGCCCGCGCGACAACGGCGGCGGCUGGAGAAGCGGUGGCGGUAGUGGUGGCGGUGGCGGCCGUCGCGGGGACCGCAGUGGCGGUGAUCGCAGGGGAGGGCGUGGCCAGCAGCAACAGCAGCGGCGUUACAAUCAGCAAGGCGGCCGGCAGCCGCGACUGCGUCGCUCGGCAGCGUUCGUGCUGCUGUGUGAUGUGCAAACUGCCACCAAUCUGACACGCAAGGGCGACCGGCUGAUUGUAGUGCCAAACGAAACGCUGCGCACGCUCCCGGCAAGCCACGAAGACGCCGAAACCACGGAGCGCAAGCUGGACGCCUUCUGCGUGAAGGUGGCGCGCCUUGUCCCUGACGAGGUCGUUGCCGAGCGCUACAUGGCCGCACGGCGGGGUCAGCAGCAUGGCAAGCGUCCACGAUUCGGCGAUGCCCUCUUCCUGGUCGGUGCUGCGGUCAACUUCUUUUUCCGCGCAGACUAUCUGCCGGCCGCUGCUGGGCACAUCCUGGCAUGGGCCGAGGAGAGCGCGGACAACGUGCUCGUGUCGAUUGUCGAGGCGCCAGCGCCGGCGUACGGGUAUUUCACGUGCGACGUUGUUGGCUGUGUCGGCUUCGGAAACAGGCGAGAGGAUGAUGACCCAAAGCGUGCUGCCGUGAAGCGCGCCCAGGCCGAAGGCGGCCUGGCAGCAGACGUUCUGCACCAGGCCCUGGACAGCACGUCGGAGCAGCCCACCCUCGCUGCUCUCAGUGAGCCCGUCAUUGGUGAGCAGCGCCACUUCAUGUCCGUCAACCAAGAGGAGCGUCAGCAAGUCAACUUUUACACGGGCGUGAUGGUGAACAAUGGCCCAGGUGUCGCCAAAGAGGAAGACAAGGACGCCGACAAGGCACAGCAGAGCAGCAAGCAGAACAACGGUAAUGGUGACACCGACGUCGACAGCCUUGCCUCCGACCUGGCCGGUGCCUCUCUCUGAUUGCGCUCCGCCCGUAUGCCCACACCUCUUGUGAUUUGUUACCUUUGUGUUGGCUUUGUGUUGCGCAUGCACCUGCGCGCGUGCGUGCGCUUGCGGGUGUGCGUUGAAGUGCCGUAUUCACGUGCAACUGUUACGUUUGGUGUUGUCACCGCCACACACGGCAAUACAGCGAUCAGAGCAAACCC